UCUGAACAAAAGUAUUACGAAGGAUAUAACAGACCUCUUGGUUGGCACCGCUGUAAGAACUUCACCCUACUUGGAUCGGGGGGAAUGUCCCUGUACUUACUGACCUGAACAUGUGGGGAAAAGCUAUCUGUGGUGUGAUUGCAGCCGUGCUGCUGUCCGUGGCGUGUGCCGCCCCUCAUGAGGGGGACCACGGGGGCCACAGCGAGGACCACCACCACCACCACCUCCACCACGGCCCCAACGAGCCCCACCACUCCCAUGGACAAGGGGAGGAUGCCUGCCACAAGCUUUCCCCCCACAAUGCAGACUUCGCCAUGGCGCUCUACAGGUCCCUGAGUGCCAGGCCUGACGUCAAAAAUGUAUUUUUCUCCCCCUUGGGCAUCGCUAACGCACUCUCCAUGCUGUCGCUGGGAGCCAAGGGCGAGACCCACAGCCAGAUCUUCUCCACACUGGGCUACUCCAAGCUGACCCCGGAGCAGGUCAACGAAGCCUACGAACACCUCCUCCACAUGCUGAGUCACGCUAAGGACACCAUGCUGCUGGACAUGGGGAACGCUCUGGCCAUGAGGGACGGCUUCAAGACCCAAGAAAGGUUCCUGAACGACGCCAAGCACUUUUACUCCAGCGAGGCCUUCAAUGUCGAUUUCAAGAAAACGGAGCAGGCUGCGGCUCAGAUCAACAAGUUCAUCGCUCAGAAGACGCAGGACAAGAUCACGGACAUGGUGCAGGGGCUGGACCCUGAUACCGCCAUGGUGCUGAUUAACUACGUCCUCUUCAGAGGAAAGUGGGAGAAGCCGUUUGAAGCUAAAAUGACGAAGAAGGCCUCCUUCCAGGUGGAUGAGAACACCAAGGUUGAGGUGGACAUGAUGAAGAGGACGGGCCGCUUUGACUUCUUCCAAGAUCCAGACAACUUCACCAGCGUCAUCAUGCUGCCCUACAAAGGCAACACCUCCAUGAUGGUCAUCCUGCCCGACGAAGGCAAGAUGAAGACUGUAGAGUCGUACCUCAACAAGGACUACAUCAAGCACUGGCACGACUCAAUGUUCAGAAGCUCGGUGGAUCUGUUCAUGCCUAAGAUCUCCAUCUCUGCUUCCUCCUCGCUGGGCGACAUUCUAAAGAACAUGGGUAUGGUGAAUGCCUUCGCAGACACAGCUGACUUCUCUGGCAUCUCCGAGGAGACCAAACUGAAGGUGUCCAAGAUUUCCCACAAGGCUGUGCUGACUGUUGACGAAACCGGCACUGAUGCAGUCGCUGGCACCACCAUUGAAAUCAUGCCCAUGUCGCUACCAGACACCAUGAACCUGAACAGGCCCUUCCUGGUGCUGAUUGUUGAAGACUCCACCAAGAGCAUCCUGUUCAUGGGGAAGAUAUCUGACCCCACAGCUAAGUAACCUGACCAGUCACCUGGGAAGGUCACCUGACCACAGACAACCACCAGACAAGAUGUUCAGCUGUGGUGUUGUAGUACAGAACACAUCUGUAACUCUUAUAACUUUUGUUUUUGUAACAACUGAUUUCUACAGUAUUUACUACAAUUUUACUGUUUUACUACAAUCUAUUUACAUAAAGGAGUGUUGUGUACUUUCUCCCUGAAGUUGAGACAAUAUGUGUGUACACAACACAUUAAUCCCUGAACCAAUGAUGGCCACAUGUAAUUACUCUUCCUUCAGAUCGUUUGGCUUCACCUUAAUACUAACAUCCUGUACUAGUUUUUUGAUGAAAAGGAGGAUGUGUCAUCCGUCAGUACUUCGGCCACCUGCAUACCGGUACACGUAGUGCUCCUCUGUGAACAUUUUUGUUGGAUGAUAAAAGAUUAAAACUCAAA